CAGGUUAGCACCAUCUCUCUUUUGGAAUAUUUCAAUAAUUUCCUGCUUCCCAGCCAUUUUCUAAAGUACAAUCAGAGUGAUCUAUCUAAUUUUACUUAGAAAUAUUUAUUGGGUGCCAGAUACUCUACUAAAUAUAGAGGAUAUAAUAACAAGCAAAACCGACAAGGAUCCUGAUGUCACAAUAACCUGAAGCAGCCAGUUUGCCUGGAAUACUUUCUUCCCUUGGCUGAACAUUAUGUAAUGAUGUUCAUGAUCUCCUUUCCAAGGGUGUAAAACACAGAAGUAAAUAAUUAAAGUUCUAUUCCUGUAAUCAGCUCAUAAAAUAGUUGAGCCAGCUCUGUGCUGUUUGAUUUUGCUCUAUGAAGUUGUUUAAUAACAACUUAAGUUGGAAUAAUUUAAACUCCAGCUUGUUCUCCAAAUUAAGAUAAGGUCAAAACGGCCUGACAGAUGUUGGAUGAGCAAGAAUAUGGGAGAAAAUUAGAUAAGAUUCUUUAGGUUCAUUCUUCCAAUUUUGUAAAACUCUACACAACUAUUCCUUCAUCUGUAGAAGAGGAGAGGGCAGCAGGAGUGGCUUGGCAAUGUCUAGUAAAUCCUGCUGUCCUCCUGUGAAGGUCUGUCUUUUAUUUCUCUGCCCCUACCUGUAGGACCAAUCACAGCAAGAGUGAAGGCCACGUGUUCUGGGCAUGGUUAAUACAGAAAAAUCUUCACCACUGCCAGUCAUGAUUAUCUUUGCCUCUCUUCCCUUUUACUCUUAAGGGCUUGAAGUCUACUUUUCCGGGUAGGUAGAAGAGCCAAAAUAUUGCUCAUCUGAAAUUUUGGUUGUGAGAUUCCUUGUCAUUUAUAGAAUAAAUUCUUGUUCUAAUCAAAGAAGCUAGAGUUAAAAUAGAAGGCCCUGUCUUUCUUCACAGCAUCUUGAAUUCUGUGCUCAAAACAUGGCCUUGUUCCUCAGGCUGAUGUAACAGCUCAUGUUCUUCAGGAUGGCAAGUCAGAGUAUAGGGGCCAAGAUGCAGAGGUUGGUUGCUUUUUUGAGCAUUUGACUUCUGUCAAAAGUAAACAGUAAGGCUUUAAACUGGGGAAAGGAAAGAACAGGGUAUGCAUUUCUGAGCCAUCUUUUUUUGGUUGCUUCAUGAAGGACUGGAGGUAACCAGAGGCAAGAAGACUAAUGAGAAGGCUGUUGCAGGGAUCUCCAGGGAUCCUGAAGCGAGAAAAAAUGUUGACCUAGAUUGGAAAUAUGGAUGGGAGGAUGAGAAAGUAUAUGGAUUCCUGAGAUAUUUGACGGUGUCAGGCAUAGUUUUUGGAACUUCAUCCAGGGGGAGACAGGGAGGAAUCAAGAAUGGCACUGAGAUUUUUGGCUUAGGCAAGAGAGUGGAUGCUGAAGCCAUUCCUUGAGAUAGCCAAUACUGGGAAGGAAGUCUGGAGCUGAAAAAGAUGAACUCAGUAUGGAUAGGCUGAAUUUGAGGUAGCUUUGGGACAUUAAUGCAACUGGAAUGACUAUUAUAUAGUUAAAUUAUCACAUUACUCUAAGUGUUCAAUCCUUAUAUUAUAUAACCACUGCUGAAAUAACAAAUUCCAAAUUUCUUUUUUUGUGUGUGUUUCUUUUUCUGUUUUUUUUGAGACGGAGUUUCGCUCUUGUUGCAAUGGCGCGAUCUCGGCUCACUGCAACCUCUGUCUCCCAGAUUUAAGCGAUUCUCCUGCCUUAGCCUCCCAAGUAGCUGGGAUUACAGGAGCCUGCCACCACACCCGGAUAAUUUUUUUUAUUUUUGGUAGAAACGGGGUUUCACCAUGUUGGCCAGGCUAGUCUCAAACUCCUGACCUCAGGCGAUCCGCCCGCCUCGGCCUCCCAAAAUGCUGGGGUUAAAGGCGUGAGCCACUGCGCCCGGCUGUGUGUUUGUUUCUUAGAGAUACGGUCUCACUAUAUUGCCCAGGCUGGUUUCCAACUCAUGAGCUCAAGGGACCCUCCUGUCUCGGCCUCCCACAGUGCUGGGAUUACAGGCAUGACUGGCCACGCCCAGUCAUUUUCCAAAUUUCUUAACAAGACUUACAAUUUACCCUUUCCAGCUUUACUUCUCCCACCUAUCCAUACCCACAGUUGCCCAGCCCAAAUUCAUUUGGGUUCCUCAAAGGGUUAAUGCUUUCUGUAGUCUCAAGGACUAUGGGCCAGCAGUUCUGUCCGGAACUAUUCUAUUCUCUUUUCUGUGCAUUCAACAAAGAAUUAGAAAAAUUAGCUGGGCGUGAUGGUGCGAGACUGUAGUCUUGGCUACUCGGGAGGCUGAGGUGAGAGGAUCUCCUGAGAUCAGGAGUUGGAGGCUGCAGAGCCAUGAUCGCGCCACUGCACUCCAGCCUGGGUAACAGAGGAAGACCUUGUCUCAACAAAACAAAAGAAGUUAGUGAGGGCCCAGGUAGGUGCUAGGUGCUGGGAUAAAAUGGUGAGCAAAAAGAAGACUUUAUCCCUUCCCUUGCCUCAUUAUAGUAUAACGGUAGAUUUAAAUACUACUCUAAUAAUUACACAAGAAAGAAUUGCAAAUGAGAUCAGAGCUGCCAAUCGAAGGCACCUAGUGGGAAAGACGGCCUAAAAUGGGAUUUUCGCAUAGCGAAAGCUUGUCUGAGAAGAUAAGAGUGGAUUCAUAGGGGGAGGAAAAAGCUUUCUAGGCCGGGAGAACACCCCUGUGGAGGGGUGUAACUUGGCGCAUUACGGGGAACUAGAGAAACGUGCACUUUUCCUAAGACAUCAGGAAAGGAGCGAGGAGAGACUUAUCCAUUUUGUCCCAUAGCAGCCGCCAUAUGGUGGCAGACAGCAACAACCUCGUCGCACUGAUUACUGGGAGCUGUAGUCUUGACGUGAGCUAGCUGGCAUGGCGGCCUGCAUUGCAGCGGGGCACUGGGCUGCAAUGGGCCUAGGCCGGAGUUUCCAAGCCGCCAGGACUCUGCUCCCCGCGCCGGCCUCUAUCGCCUGCAGGGUCCACGCGGGGCCUGUCCGGCAGCAGAGCACUGGGCCUUCCGAGCCCGGUGCGUUCCAACCGCCGCCGAAACCGGUCAUCGUGGACAAGCACCGCCCCGUGGAACCGGAACGCAGGUUCUUGAGUCCUGAAUUCAUUCCUCGAAGGGGAAGAACAGAUCCUCUGAAAUUUCAAAUAGAAAGAAAAGAUAUGUUAGAAAGGAGAAAAGUACUCCACAUUCCAGAGUUCUAUGUUGGAAGUAUUCUUCGUGUUACUACAGCUGACCCAUAUGCCAGUGGAAAAAUCAGCCAGUUUCUGGGGAUUUGCAUUCAGAGAUCAGGAAGAGGACUUGGAGCUACUUUCAUCCUUAGGAAUGUUAUCGAAGGACAAGGUGUCGAGAUUUGCUUUGAACUUUAUAAUCCUCGGGUCCAGGAGAUUCAGGUGGUCAAAUUAGAGAAACGGCUGGAUGAUAGCUUGCUAUACUUACGAGAUGCCCUUCCUGAAUAUAGCACUUUUGAUGUGAAUAUGAAGCCAGUAGUACAAGAGCCUAACCAAAAAGUUCCUGUUAAUGAGCUGAAAGUAAAAAUGAAGCCUAAGCCCUGGUCUAAACGCUGGGAACGUCCAAAUUUUAAUAUUAAAGGAAUCAGAUUUGAUCUUUGUUUAACUGAACAGCAAAUGAAAGAAGCUCAGAAGUGGAAUCAGCCAUGGCUUGAAUUUGAUAUGAUGAGGGAAUAUGAUACUUCAAAAAUUGAAGCUGCAAUAUGGAAGGAAAUUGAAGCGUCGAAAAGGUCUUGAUUCUGAGAAUGAAUUUGGUUAGUUGCAGAAGAUACACUGGCUCUAAGAGGAUAUAUUUUGAGACCAAUUUAAUUUCAUUUAUAAGAACAUAGUAAUUAAGUGAACUAAGCAUUCAUUGUUUUAUUAAUACUUUUUUUCUGAAAUAAAACUUGUACACCAGUUUAUUACUCUAAAAAGAGAAUUACACAUGCCAAAUGGACCAAUGUGCAUUUGCUUAUUGGAGGCAAAGCUACAAUAGAAGUCAGAGCAUCACCAGAAUGGUCUUUAAUAAGCAUGGAACCUGAGCAAAGGGAAUAGGUGGGAUGAAUUUUUUUUUUUAAUUGUGAAACAAUUCAUAAGCACAAUAUGAUUUACAGAAUAAUAAACAUUCAUGUACCCACUAUCAGGUUAAGAAAUAGAACAUUUAUUAAUAUCUAAGAAUGUUAAGAAAUAAAACAUUUAAUAAGA